AUGGCAGUCGGGUUAUAUUUUGGGGCUGUCACUGCUGCUGAGAUCGUGUCUGUGCUGCUGUUCUACACAAUGAGAUAUAAACAAGCCGACCCAGAGAACCCAGACAGUGACCAAUUCAUCGCUUCAAAGAGGCUACCAUUUGUUAACGUGGCAGCAGAAUGGCCUGGGCAAGGACUUGGUGCUGCCUGUGGGAUGGCAUAUAUUGGCAAAUACUUUGACCGGGCCAGCUACAGGGUUUUCUAUCACUUGGGAAAAGGCGAAUCUUCAGAUGGCUCUGUCUAGAAGGCAUUGGCCUUUGCUUCCUACUACAAUCUGGACAAUCUCCUGUUGAUCUUUGAUGUGAACCACCACUCUGGGUACAGUGGCUCCAUGUCCCUUAAACACUGCAUUCAGGUCUAUCUGAAGCAUUGUGAAGCUUUUGGUUGUAAUACUUACGUGGUGGAUGGCCAUGAUGUGGAAGCCGUGAGCUGGGUGUUCUCAGUGGCAGCUCAAGUAAGAGCCAAGCCCACUACUGUGAUAGCCAAGACCUUCAAGGCCCGAGGCAUGCCAAAUGUCCAGGAUGCAGAAAGUUGGUAUGGAAGGCCAAUGCCAAAAGAAAGAGCAGAUGCAAGCAUCAAAUUAAUUGAGAGCCAGAUACAGACCAGCAAGAGUCUUACACCAUCACCUCUUACUGAGGACUCACCUCACAUCGGCAUCAUGACUGUAAAUGUGAUGUCUCACCCUGUUUACGGGCUAGGCGUGAUGGUGUCUACUCAGAAAGCAUGUGGUUUAUCGCUGGCUGGACUGAGCCAUGCAAAUGAAGUCAUUAUGCUGAAUGGUGACCCCAAGAACUCCAACUUUGCUGAGAUAUUCAAGAAAGAGCACCCCGGUCAAUUCAUUGAGUGCUUUGUUGCUGGACAAAAUAUAGUAAGUGUACUGGCUGUUCUGUGCCACCCGUGACCGACCAUUGCUUUUGCCUGCACCUUUGCUGCCUUCACACGAGCAUUUGAUCAGAUUCGCAUGGGAGCCAUCUCUCAAAUCAACGUCAAUCUCACUGGUACCCAUUGUGGGGUAUCCACUGUUGAUGACAGCCCCUACCACAUCACCUUGGAGGACUUGGCCAUGUUCCAAACUGUUCCCAACUGCACUAUUUUCUAUCCAUGUGAUGGCAUCUCCAUGGAGCAUGCUGUUUAUUUAGCAGCCAAUACCAAGGGAAUAUGCUUUAUUCACAUCAGCUGA